AUGAUUGAGCAAAUAAACGCGCUGCGUCGAGCUCGAGACGCGAGCGAGGCGCGCGUGCGCUCGCUCGCGGACGAAUUAAAGGACACGAAGAAAGACUACGAGAUGUGGUCCAAGGAAGAGAAGGCAACGGAGCGUAAGUACUCGUCGGUGGCGGCGCAGAGUCCAGCGGAGAGCUCGCCGAGCCCGGCGCGGACGACGCUCGACGACAGAGAUUUGCCCGAGUGGCUGCGUUCGCCCGAGCCAGCGCGACGAGACACGAAUCUCGGGUCCCCGGUUGGACCAGAUUCUGUGUCUCCGACGUACAAAAAGUUUUCUCCCGCAAAGUUGAUCAUUCCCGAGGAAGCGUCUUCCAAGACGUCGAUCGAGAAAGAUGCCCCAAAGACGCUCAGAGAGAACGGCGUUCAGCAUCCCAUCUUCAGCGCCGUUCGUAACGGGCGCGUAAGCGAAGCACAAGAAAUCCUUGUGCACAAUAGCACCGAAUUUGACGUCGACACGCGAGAUUCGUUCGGAAACACCGUUCUCAUCGUCGCUGCGCAAAACAACCGCAAGCGCGUCACCAAGAUGUGCGUUCGCGCCGGCGUCCCGCUCGACGCUCGAAACAAGCAAGGCAACACCGCGUUGCACUAUUGCUACGGUUACGGGUACUUCGAGCUCGGCGAGUAUCUGGUUAGCAAAGGCGCCGACGAGCGUGUCACGAACGCCGCCGGAGAAACAGCGUACGACGGCUUGAGCGCCGAAAACAGACGCGCGCUCGAAUCCACCAGACGCGCGAUCGUCGCCUCUCGAGACGCCAAGCGUCGGUCUCGUCCCACCGCGCCCGAUCGCGACGAAGCGUCAUACCUAGCGAGCUAUUCCGACGCCGAAUCCGCCGUCUCGUUCACGGAUGACGACGAGUAA